AUGUCAGAGACUGGCAAAACAUUUGAGAAGGUACGCAGCACGCUGCAGCCUCUGGUUGCGAAGAGCUGGACCGAAGGUGUUGCACUUGCGAACAGCGUGCCUGAAAAUGUUGCGAAAAGUUUGACAGAAAGUGUUGCGAAGAGCUUGCCUGGAAACGUUGUGAAGAGCUUGACUGAAAAUGUUGCGAAGAGCUUGCCUGAUAGUAGUGCGGUUCGCAAACCAAAAGGACUUCUCGAGGAUACACACAGUGACAAAUACAAAUACGAGCCUCUGUCCAGCUCAACUUGCAUUCGUAUUCUCAGAGUAGAAGCCGCGACUCCAUCCGAUCCUAUCCAUUGUACUAUGCAAACAGUGGAUUUGAACGACAAGCCGGCGUUCUUGGCUCUAUCUUACUCGUGGAAACAAGACAAAUCGUUGGGAUCCCUUCACGCGAUAGGUCACGAGCAUAUCUUUCGCAACUCGACUUGGAAAGCGACCCAAAACUUGAGAGCAAUGAUGGGCCAGCGAGACUACCUCAGUAGCGGAGAAAAGGAGACCAAGAGCAUGGAAAUCUUUCAAUCGCUAUUUUCCGAUGAGAGUCUCAAAGAAUCGGACGAUGCCACAGACCAAAGAAUCGGGGAUGCCAAAGACCAUUUUCUGUGA